AGGUGCGAGGGGGAGGAGUGAGUAUCGUUGCGCUAGCAAAGAUGGGCAUUUCUCGAGAUUCUAUGCACAAGAGGCGCGCCACUGGUGGCAAGAAGAAAGCAUGGAGGAAGAAGAGAAAGUAUGAACUUGGUCGUCAGCCUGCAAAUACAAAGCUCUCAAGUAACAAAACUGUAAGAAGAAUUCGUGUAAGAGGAGGCAACGUGAAGUGGAGAGCCUUGAGGCUGGAUACAGGCAACUACUCCUGGGGUAGUGAGGCUGUCACUCGCAAGACUCGUAUCCUUGAUGUGGUUUAUAAUGCAUCAAACAAUGAGCUAGUCAGGACCCAAACUCUGGUGAAGAGUGCAAUCAUUCAGGUUGAUGCAGCACCAUUCAAGCAGUGGUAUCUCCAGCACUAUGGUAUUGACAUUGGUAGGAAGAAGAAAGCAGCAGUAUCUAAGAAGGAAAGCACUGAGGAGGGAGAAGCUCCUGCAGCUGAGGAAACUAAGAAAAGCAGCCAUGUUCUUAAGAAGCUUGAGAAGCGCCAAAAGGAUCGCAAACUUGAUCCCCACAUUGAAGAGCAGUUUGGAGCUGGUAGGUUGUUGGCGUGCAUUUCAUCCCGACCUGGUCAAUGUGGCAGAGCUGAUGGGUAUAUAUUGGAGGGUAAGGAGCUGGAAUUCUAUAUGAAGAAACUCCAGAGGAAGAAGGGCAAGGGUGGUGCUGGAGCUGCUGCUUAGGUGCAUUAUUCCGAUCGAUCUUCAGUUUCCAGUGUUGUUUUAUUUUAGGUUUGUGUUUGACCAGAACCAUUGAUGUUAGAUACUCUUGAGUACUUGACUGGUCAUUGAUAGAUUGAUCUUUUGGUAUUGUGGUGGCUUGCUUUUGUUUUUGUUGGAAAUUUUUGUUUAUUCUGUUAUUUAAGCUAUGUCUACUUUAGGGAAAUUGCCUAUACACCAGUGCAUGAAUCUUAUGGUCCUAAAGUUUUUGUUUA